UAAAAGAUAUUCGGUGAUAACAUUCAUCAGUUUAAUUUAAAAAACAACUAAAAAUUGCCUCAAGUGUUUUGAAUGUUUAAAAAACAAAACAUUGAUGAAUAUCCAGGUUUGUUGGCUGUAAUGCAACCAUUUAAAGGGCAUUGAAUUUUAUUUACAUCCUAAUUAAAAUAAAAUAGCAUAUUCCAAUGCUCAUUUUGAUUUCACCAAACCAUAAACAUAUCUAAAGUCAUCAAGCCUCAAAAUGAACACGAGAAGGAGGAAACAGCUCAAAAGCAAAGUUGAUUGUGUAAAUGCUGGUGAUCAUUUUAUUACAAUACUGUUUGACGUUUUCAAUGGCGUUAAUCAUAAAAUUGAUCUUAAUAAACCAAGAAACAACUUGACGUCUCCUUGAAUAUUGGAACCUUUCUUGGUUUGAUAUUUUAAUCCAUCAUUAAGACUCUGGUUUGACAUCUGGUUUCUGGACAACAUUAAUUUACGCUUUAACUAAGUUUUAAUUGUCAUUCAUUUCAUCCAUUUGGCACUAUCUACGUGUUGUUUUUAACUUUAUCAUCUAAUCGUCACUAAUAACCUUUUUACAACCAUGAAAGAUGUUAAACGGAUCUGUUGUAUUGGCGCUGGCUAUGUUGGAGGGCCAACAAGUUGUGUGAUUGCUAAGAACUGUCCCCACCUGCAAGUUGUCGUAGUUGACUCUAAUCAAGAUCGUAUUGACCAAUGGAACUCUGACUGUCUUCCUAUCUAUGAACCGGGACUCGAUGUGAUUGUUAAGGAGUGUCGUGGUAAAAAUCUCUUCUUCUCAGUUGAUGUUACUGGUGAAAUCGAAGCUUCUGAUUUAAUUUUCAUUUCUGUCAAUACUCCAACCAAAACUUUUGGUAUUGGAGAAGGAGAAGCCGCUGAUUUGAAAAAUCUAGACUUUGUUUGUCGAUUGAUUGCCAACAAUGCUAAAUCUAGUAAAAUUGUGGUUGAAAAAAGUACUGUGCCCGUUAAAGCUGCAGAGCUGGUCAAUAGAAUCUUGAAAGCGAAUCAAAAGCCGGGCAUUACAUUCCAAGUUUUAUCUAACCCCGAGUUUCUAGCAGAAGGAACCGCAAUCAAUGAUUUAAGCGAUCCAGACCGAAUAUUGAUUGGUGGGGAAGAAAGUGACAUGGGCCGAGAAGCUGUAACCAAAUUAACUCAAAUUUAUCAAAAUUGGGUAGAACCUAAGAAAAUUAUUACAACUAAUUUAUGGUCUGCUGAGCUUUCCAAAUUAACUGCCAAUGCUUUUCUUGCACAAAGAAUAUCUUCGAUAAAUGCCAUAUCAGCAAUUUGUGAAGCAACUGGUGCUGAUGUUAGAGAAGUGGAAAAGGCUGUUGGAACUGAUACAAGAAUUGGUGACAAAUUCCUAAGAGCUGGUGUCGGUUUUGGAGGAAGUUGUUUUCAAAAAGAUGUCCUCAACCUUGUUUAUCUCGCUAAAAGCAUGCAUUUAUAUGAAGUGGCUGAAUAUUGGAAUCAGGUUAUCCUUUUCAACAAUUACCAGAAGAAACGAUUUGCCCAACGAAUCAUUGAAUGCCUUUGCUUCACUAUUACAGAUAAAGUGCUAACCAUUUUCGGGUUUGCUUUCAAAGCAAAUACAGGAGACACCAGAGAAUCUCCUGCUAUUUAUAUCUGUCGUGAUUUGCUGAAAGAAGGGGCACAGCUUCAUAUUUACGACCCUAAAGUAUCACCCAAGCAAAUUAUGAAUGACCUGAGGUCGGUUCUUCCCGAACAGAGAGAUUCACUGGAUAAACUUGUUACCAUCCAUGAAGAUCCAUACAAAGCAGCCAAUAAUUCUCACGCAAUCGUCAUUUGUACCGAUUGGAGUGAAUUUCAAAACUAUGAUUAUCAGCAGAUGUACGAUCAAAUGGAGAAACCAGCUUGUGUGUUUGAUGGUCGUCUUGUAUUAAAUCAUGAAAAGCUAACAUCAAUCGGCUUCCACGUUGAAACAAUUGGUAAAAAACUAAAGCGAGAUGCUUUAGUGUCAAAAGUUGCAAGUUAAUUGAAAUGGAAUGGUUUUUAUUAUUCAAACUCUAUACAAAAAUUGGCUGAAAUUGAGAAAUAAUCAAUUCUCUAUCGUUCUUGAAUUAUUUAUACUUUGGUAGCAAGCUUUAACUGAUUAGUAUUAUCGAAACUAAUUAUGUAUUUUUAAUAAUCAAAUAUCUCUACUAUUUAUAUUAAAAGUUACCAUAAUUUUCACCAUUAUCAA